AUGGAAGCGUCUCUGCCGUUCGUGAUCUCGCACCAGGCUAAAGAGGGCGGAGGCGACUCGUUAAGCAAAGUGCACGUCUUGCGUCCCGCGUGCUUCGAGACCUUGACCAUUACCUCCAGCGCUCGCAGCACGACCGCGGCAGGGAAAGGCAGCAGCAACACCAACGGCAACACGUCCCCCAAUGUCGCUCGUGUCUUGACAGAGAGUGUAGAGCACUACCUGGCCGACCGUAGCCCCCACAUUCACGGAAUCAAUUCUCCUCUCUUUCCGACGUACAGCAGCAACAAGCCCACGACUAACCCCUGCGCCACCCCAAGCGGUUGUCUUGGGGUACCGGUGUCUAGUGCACCGCAAGAAGCUGUACCCACCGUGAACUCACCAUUGGUGUCGACCACCAGUGCCAGCAGUCACCUAAAGGCCUCAAGCCGCCUUAGCAACAUUAGUACUGGCUCAUGCCACGUUGAUGGCGUCGACUCGUGGGCCACCUCCAACUGCCUUCUGCAGACGUUAGACAACCCCGGCAAGGGGAUCUCUCCACUCGUCCUCGCACCUGGGAAAAGCCCCCAAGGCUGCGGCGCCAGCCCCCGGCUGCGUAUCUCGGAGAGUUCGUCGACGAUCGCUGACGACCUGGAGAACGAUAAGCCGCUUCGGUCUAGCACCGAGAAAGGGAGUGGUGAGAAGCGCUUCUUCGGUGCACCGCCACGCAGCGGAAAGUUUUUGCCGCUGAUCGAGUGGCUGCUGCGCCGUGGCGAGCGCGGUGACGUCGGCGCCCUCACGGCAUCGCAGAAGGACAGCGACGAGCACACGCAGGCGAGCUUCUUCAACGAGGACUACAUCCUGAAGUUGUGCGCUGCGGCGACGACGGUGCUGGUGGAGGAGCCAGCGCUGCUGGAACUGGAGGUGAUAGCGCACGACACGCUGGUGGUGGUGGGCGACAUCCACGGCCAGUUCCAGGACCUCUACACGAGUGUGCUCUGCCAGCAGUACGACCGGCGCCGGUGCAACCCCGAGGGACGCGAUCACCGCUUCCUGUUCAUGGGUGACUACGUGGACCGCGGCCCGCACAGCCUGGAGGUGAUGCUGCUGCUGCUGGCGCUGAAGGUGGAGUACCCGACGCUAGUGUACCUGACGCGUGGCAACCACGAGGAGGAGAAGACGUCGCGCGUGUACGGCUUCUUGACGGAGGUGACGACGUCGCUCGGCGCCGCGGCCGGGACGGCGGUGUGGAGUGCCGUGAACAAGGUGUUCCUCGACCUGCCGCUGGCUGCGAUUGUGCAGACACUGUACAUGCGCUUCUUUGUGACUCACGGCGGCCUCUCGCCGGGCUUGCAGAGUGUGGAGGAGAUCGCGAGCAUCGAUCGGCACAACUACAGCAGCGGCAACGUCACGGCCGCGGAGGAUGACCUUAUCACGGGCCUUCUCUGGUCUGACCCAACGAACGAGAUGGCCAUGUACAAGCAGAACCCCCGCGGCUGCGGCUUUUUGUUUGGCCCAUCCGCCUCGAACCGAUUCUGCGCCGACAACAACUUCGAUUUCAUCUGCCGCGCGCACCAGGUGGCAAUGGACGGGUACUUCUGGACGCACAACGACCGCGUCGUGACGGUCUUCUCCGCACCGAAUUACUGCGGCAUCAACAAUAACCGUGGUGCCGUCAUGGUCGUGUCUGGAGAGGCUAACAAGCCAUCCUUUGAACAGUACGACUGCUGCGAUGAAAGAGACUUUCCGUCUCUGGACUCGUGCUUUCUACACGCCUCUUUCUUCUACUAG